UGCUGUGCCACUUUAGGAACUACAUCUUCGUGUGCAUUCGACCACCUAAAUGAAAUUGGCCCGCUCUGUAAGGCACAUGAUAUCUGGCUGCAUGUGGACGCUGCUUACGCUGGUUCAGCCUUUAUCUGUCCAGAAUUCAGACCCCUUCUUAAUGGAGUUGAAAUUAAAUUUAUUCCGCAAGGAGGAGUUCUAAUUGUAGAUUAA